AGUGAACUUAAUUGUCUGGACAUGAUCACCAUCCCGAUAGUUUUUUCGAUAAAUAACUAUCCUAACUUGUCUUCCCCACUGCUGUAGUUCACCGCUGUUUGAGCCACCUUUGCAUGCGUCAAAAAUGCGUUGCAUAACCCUUAAAUAGAAAUAUUGAAAGGAUCAAACAUAAACAGCCAGGAAACAAUCAUUAAUUAGACUCGUCAGAGAUCUUUACCAUCCAGUCAGAUGCAAAUUCAUGGACUUGAAUAAGUUUGAAACUCGUUAAAAUGAAUCAACCAGAUAGAAGGAAAUAAUAUUCCUUUUUCAGACGUUGCUGUAUUGAUGGCAUUUAUAAUUUUAAUGCAGUUUCUAUUUCCUAUUUUUUAGAUGGAUUAUUCGGCAGUAAAUACUGCCUCAGAUGAACAAUUGCAAGAGUUAGGACCAUUGCGAAGGGGAGAUCUGCUGUCCUUAAGAAGCUUUGUAAAUGAAAAGUUGCGAGGUGAGAGUAGAGAUGAGAAGAAAAGAAAGCUGCUUGAUCUCCUCAAAAAAAGGGUAAAACCAAAGAAAAAGAGAGCCGAAGAAAAGGCAAGUACAGAGCCAGGACCCUCUAACCAAAUUAUAAAUGGCUACCGUAAAGUUCAGUUUGGCUGGCUGCACUAUGACCCGCAACAGAAUAGGUAUGUUGGAGUUCGCCUUGCAAAAGGAGGUGGGACUAGAACUGUGAGAGCAGAACGUAGCUCAGAUGUUCGUGAUUUGAUUGCUUUGGGUAAAUCAAUUUUCUUCCCAGGUGGUAUGAGCUUUUAUGGUAGAUUUGAAGACAUGACAUCAACACUUGGAAACUUCAAAGGUGAUCAGAUAUCCUUUGCAAANUUCACUUUGGCCAGAUACAUAACCAACCAUGCCCUGACCACAGUCAGACUUUAUUUGAUGACAAGAUCAGUUGAAAAGGAAAGUCAAGGGUGUGACGCAGAGUUGCCAGAGGUUUUUGAAGUGGAUAGGAAGCCAACCAAAGUUCAUGCUAAGAAAGAAUGCAAUGAUGAUGCCAACCAUGGUGGACUGAUGGGCACUUGUGCUGAACGUGAGACCAUUAAAGCCCAACAGGACAGGGAGUAUGAAGAGUCCCUGGCAGCUGACCGAGCAAAAGAAAAACAAAAGCUGGAGAUUGAGGAGGCAACCAAGAGGCAAAUGGAGUUGCAAGCUGCACGUAAGAGAAGACUACCUCCUGAACCUGUAGUUAAUGAAGCUCGUGCUGUUGUCUCAGUCCGUCAUGUUACCUUGGGUAUUCAAAGACGGGCUUUUAGAGCAAGUGAUGAAAUGGGUGCAGUGUAUGACUGGAUUGGCUCUCUAAGUACCAAGCCAGAAUCAUUUGCCCUUUCAGGGUGUGGGCUGCCAGAACUGAUGCCAUCAUUAUCUGUUAUGGUGGCAGACAAAUCCAUAUUGAAUAUGCAGGAAACACAGGGCAUGCCUUCUUAUCCUGAAGAUGGAUUAAACUUUCUAGGAUUUGGAAAUCUGGAAGAUUUAAGCAACCUGGAUGUCACAGUACCUGAUCUAUGGUGUACUAUGGAUGAUUUCAACUUCAAUGCGACCUUACCAACAGCCUUUAUGGAAAGGGACUUUGCCACCCAAAACAAUCCUGAAGUCACCCAUGUUACUGAGGACAGAAUUCCUAGUGUGGUCAACAGUGGUGGUACUAAGGACAGCAGCCUUAUUCUAGCCAAUAGUAAUGCUACUGACGACAGCAGCGCUAGUCAAGCAAACAAUAGUGCUACUCAGGACAGCAGCCCUAGUGUAGCUAAUAAUAAUGCUACUCAGGACAGCAGCCCUAGUGUGGCCAAUAAUAACGCUACUCAGGACAGCAGCCCUCGUGUGGCCAAUAAUAAAGCUACUCAGGACAGCAGCCCUAGUCCAGCCAACAAUAAUGCUACUGAGGACAGCAACCUCACUGUAGCCAACAAUGAUGCUACUCAGGACAGCAACCUUAGUGUAGCCAACAAUAGUGCCACUCAGGUCAGCAAUCCAAGCAGGACCACACAAAGGGGUACCAGACACAGUCAGACAAACCGUGUAAGCUCUCAGGGUGUUUUAUUUCUUUUCAUUACUCUAAAUGUAUCCCCACAGAUGAUCAUGAUGGUACUUUUAAGUCCUGUGUCAUUCAGUUUACCUUCUUUUCUGAACAUACACCCUGUUUUUUGCCGUAAAUUGUAACCCUAUGGCAAAAAUCUACAGUGUAACAGAUAUAAAUACACCAAGGCAAAAAAUUAUUAAAUGGAGAAAUAAUUGGAAAAGAACUUCAAAGGUGGGCUAGUACUAAUUUUUGUCUUCUUUUUAUGGCUGAGGGCAUAUUAAUCCCUUUUAAUGAAAUUAAUAAUAAAUAAUAAUAAUUGACAAUUUUUUAUAGCACCCUAUCCGAUAGCCCUAAGGCAUUUUGCAAUCAAGGUGAAACAUUAAAAAUAACAAAUAACAUAUUAAAUCCUGCCGGCAUGUGUUAUUCCUGUUACUUUAA